AGAUAUUUUUGACGUCAGUGUCCCAGCCCCCUGCCCCCCCACACACACACACACACAACCACUUUGAAGGCCAUGUAGUCGGUAAACAAGUAGUUUCAUUUUUUAGGAAUUAUUUUCAUCAACAGCAAGUAUUCAAUAUACCUUAUCUACUAACUGAUCUAGUACAUCUACCGAUGAAGAUAGAACAAAACCUAGGUUUCAACGAGCUCGUAGUUCGUGUUUGUGAAGUAAUUUUCGUUAAAAACGAUUUGGAUUCCUCGUCAUUCUAAAAAAACCUAGGCGUAAGAAGAAAAGAAUAUUUUUUGAUGUAAUAAAAAAGGGAAGUACCUGUACCAUUUUGUUUCAGGGAAAGAGAAGAACGACAGCUAUCGCUAUCAGUGAGAAAGAAGCAAUCCAGUCCUAUUUCUGAGCUUAACCUGUGUUUUCUCUUUUACCAAUUACGACGGUAAUUGAGUAAGAAAACGAAAUGGCGCGUUCAAAGAAAUCGGGUAAAGUGGACGAGAAAUCCGUCCAGAAGUCGGGCAACAAGGGGGCAAAACUACCAGCACAGACCUACGAGCAAAGGGUAGACGAGUUUCGACGGGAUGCUGCGGAAUACAACAGUACCUACUUGUUUUAUGACGAGUAUCUCCGAGUUUGUUUGUUGACGUCGUGGGUGUUUCAUGAUUGGUUUGAGACGUCUUUUACGUUUUAUACCCUUGGAAAAGCUUUUCUUUGUUUCGUAUGUCAAUGUCUACAUACAACUGCGACAACCUCAACCUCAGCUAACCCUGGUGGCAUUUACGCGCAGCAGUCCGCAUCCUCCAGUUCACGAGCGCCACCACAGUACGCGCAGCAAGGACUGUAUGUGGAUCAGAACGGGAUUAUGCAACAGGCCGGAGGGUACAUACAGCAGCAGCAGAUGCUGGACCCAAACCUCCAGCAGGGGCAGGGCGUCUACAUUGCGGGCCAGCCACAGCAGCCGGACUAUGGACUCGGUGGUGGUAUGAUCGGCGGGGGCGGUGGCCCGAACAUCGUGGUGAAACACAAAAAAAGAGCAAAGCCAGGUAAUUACGACUGAGAAAGUUGAUUGGUAGUCUUUUUUCUUUGUUUGUUGUGGGCACGACAACUUUUAUGAUCUUUCUAUCACUUCGUUUUCAAUGAGCUCGUGCUGCAGAAAUACUAGAGUUUUAAUACAAUUUCAAUUUACUUUUUAUGCGUUGUUGAACAAACUGCAGGGGAGAAGGCACUGAAAGAGAUCCGCGCCCUGCAAAAGUCCACCGAUUUGCUCAUCAGAAGGGCACCCUUCCAGAGGAUGGUGCGGGUACAGAAGCACACUUUGUUUUUUCUGUUUCGUCUGGUGCCUUUUGCUUCUGUGUUGGUUUUUGGAAAAGGAAAUUCACGAAUCUAGUAGAGAAAAACAGGUGAUGUGCAUUGCAAUGAUGAACAUUGUUCUAGCUGGAAGUAAACGUGGAAACAAAGACAAUGCAAACUCAAACACACAAUCUAUCCCAGGAAAUCGUGCACGCCCUAGACGAGAAGAAGCAGAUCCGGUUUCAGAGCCAGGCCCUGGUCGCGCUGCAGGAAGCGUCAGAAGCCUACAUGAUCGGCUUGCUAGAGGAUACAAAGUACUUUUUACUUUAUUUUUUAAUGCUUUUUUUUUUACAUUUUGGGUUUUCCACCAUUAUUCGCUGUUCUUUUAUUUGUUUGAUGUUGUCAAUCGCAGAGUUGACGUUUCACAUUUGCAAUCGUCAUCAAAACUACAGCCUCUGUGCGUUGCACGCGAAGCGAGUCACCAUCAUGCCGAAGGAUCUGCACCUGGCGCAGCGGCUGAGAGGAGACAACACUCUCAAGAAGUAAGUUUGAGUGCGGAAGUAGAACAUCACGGGGUGAAAAAUGAAAACCUUGUGUAAGCCGCUGCUGGAUCCGAAUACUUCUUUGCCUGGUUCUUCUUAUGAACUACCAUGCUAUUCAUUGUUGCUCUCGCAGCUCUCAAGAGCCCGAUUCGCUCACAUCGAGAACCAACUUAAUACGAAUCAGCAUCUUCUAGAAUUACUUCUUUACGCGACGCUUCUUCAAUGAAACACUUCUGUUUUAAACUUAUCCUUACACUUCUUCGAAAAAUAUGAAUUCGGCCUCGUGCGAAUUCGAGCACCUCGAUGUCUACUUUAAAUGUGAUUUAUUACGCAAAAAGAGAUGGCAUGAAAUUCAUCUUGUCUGAAACACUUCCUCGUACUAUUUGUGAUGAACUCUGCAAGAAGCUUUGUAUGUCUGAAAGCUUUACGUGGUUGGCGUGGACGAGACUGUAAGCAUGGUUUCGCUACCGCAAAAAUCUCCGAACGUAUUCAAGAUAACCUCUUGUGUAGUGGUGAUGUGGGGUCGUAUUAUUUUUUGACAGUUGCAAUGAGUGAUGGCAUUGGCGACAGAAAAUAUUAUAUACGAUACCUUUCUUCAUCAUCCCCACGACGACGACACGCCCCCAGUGACAAAGACAACUCGGAGUGCAUCCUGUCUGUAUCUGUAACCUGUCGACGUAAAGCAAGUGGUAAUGGAAGAACUCACAUCGCGUUUGCGAUUGCGGUUUUCCCGUGGUGAUUGUGUGAACCUUGACGACGAGGAUAACAAAACAAAAAUUGAAAAGUGGAGAACCAGCGACAAAGAAAGAAAAACAGCGACAGAAUACAACUAUCC